GGUACACGACGGAAACACUGAAAACGUUGCAUUAUGCUAAUUGUAGCAAUUAAAGUGUCACCGGGUGUUAUUUUGAGGUUGGCAAUUGACGUGAGAGUGCCGCUUACGAGAAAACAAUAAUUAAAGGAAAAGUGAAACGCGAUGUCACCUUGACGCUCUUAUUGUCUUGGCAACGUCACUAACAGAAGCCAGAAUUGUCAAAAAUGAACGACGAAACCACCGUGGAGCAGCUCCACGACUUCUUGAGCAAAGAGCGCGAGAAGGCCGAAUUCACCGCCCAGAUCCACGAAUUCAGCGAAUUGUGCUGGGACAAGUGCGUGGAGACCACAGGCAAGAAGCUUGACAGCAAAACAGAAACCUGCUUGACAAACUGCGUGAACAGAUUCAUCGACGUCUCGCUAUUUAUAACCAACAGAUUCGCUCAACUGCUAGAAAAGCGAAUUAACAUGUAACGACACCAAAUUGCAAUAAAUAUCAGAACUGGCGUGACGAGAUUAAUUGCGCAAAUUUUCUGGAAGCGCUGCUUCUACUUAGCACGUCAUUAAGAGCAGUUAGGUUAAUCGCAAAUUGCUGUGCGUCCAGGUUGCACUCCGCUUCAUUAACCAUAACGGAAGAUUUUUUACGACCUGACGAAAGUGCACAUGCAUAACUUUCCUGUUUUUGACGAAAAAUGCAAUUCCGGGGUCUCCUGGACGCACAGAGUUGCUUUCCACGGGUAAGCGUAGCCCUAAAGCAAUAUAGUUGAUAAAAUUGGCCCCCGAGAAGACCGUUGUGUAUCCCCCGUGCAUACGGCGAAACCUUUUUAGUUUUGACUCACGUGCUAUUGAUUAAUUCUAGUUAUACCAUUGGGCCCGAACGAGGCCGCUGCGUCUAUAUUAAUUUCGACCCAUCUUGGGCCCAUUACCCGCACACUUUCCGCCAGACGCCUGUACGCCCGACUGGGCCCAUUAAUGAAUUUUCGGCCGAAUUCCGGGUGGUCUCCGACAGGAAAGACCUAAUUGCGGCUGCAUAAUUUUUUGUUUUCGCCACCGAGUUCAGCAGUUAAUUGAUUAGUAGCGAGGAAAGUGGGCCCGCGGCACUCGAGCGCACAAAACUGUUAAUUACAGAGAAAAUGGUAAUGAGGAUCUGGCCGAUAAUCCGGCGUUUCGCUUAAAUAAAUAGCUUGCAAGAAUUAAAUAUGGAGCCAGCGUGUGCCCCCGGGAGCUGGUUGUGUCCUGUUAUGGCAACGUGUUCUAGACGAGGAGCAAAAGGAAAAAAUCGCACGAGCUGCGCGUCACCGGAAGGUAAAUGAUGUGGUCGAAAGGAGCGGCGGACGCCCACUGGGACAACAAUGGGUUGUGUAAUUCUGGCGCCUUGGGACGGCUCGGGUGGAGGCAGAUUUUUAGUUUGUUGGAGUUAUAAGUACAGUGUUCAAAAGUCUAGUGGGGCAGGGUUUUGGAAAAAAUGUCCUGCGCUGUUGCUACGCUGAAAAAUGACUCCGUUGCGUUGUGAAGAAUAGGCUACAUGCAUGCAGAAUUGAUUAUGCUUGAGGUGGUAGGGAAGUUCCGUUCAAAUAACUUUGGAGCAAUUUUUUGGAAUUAUUUACACAGGAUGACUAAAAAAUUAAUGAAUAGUUAAAGCAAUUACGGCCUGACAUGCACGAGAUAUUAGUCACGCUUCAUAGGGCGAGGACGUGCUCUCUAAUCCAAUUUUUGUUAACAACGAAGAAACUCCAUAAACCUCGCGUCAUUUCUACCAUUCUAUUAAUUUAUUCCCCUUUGUAAAUCACAUUAGUUUGUUUUCAUACUUCGUAAAAGCUCACAACAAAGUGCCUCCAUAAAAGCCACUCAAACAAAUCGCCUCUAAUAGAUUCACGCUGUAUCCACAAUCAAAAACCAAUCAAACUCUCCAACAAUAGAUUGUUACGUAGCUGCAAAUCUAUAAAGCCACCUAACGAACAUCUGCGUGUACCUAAUCCCUCUUCAUGCUCCUCCACUUCGAACUUUCGAAACGAGUUCACCUCAAGCCUGAUUUCUUCUUUAUAGCAAACCAGAUCAAUCAUAACGCCCACCGCCUAACGCAAGAACAAUAGGUUUAACGCAUCGAAGCCAGAGGUGAUACGCUACGAUUCGAAGUCUUCUAAUUGCUCAUUGUUACAAAUGCCCUGGUGGCAAUUAAUCAGUUUCGUUUUUGCACUUUCAUCAUUUCAUCCGUUAUUAAAAUCUACAAUGAUUCAUUCCUUUGUCACCGCUGAUCGCUGGCACGCAGCUCGCCUUUCUUCUUCCUCGGUUCGAGGAAUGCCAUCCAAUAUUUGUUUUUCGAUACGGAUUUAUUACACUAUUUACAAGAGAUAAAAACGGUUUUAUUUCUUGCUUAAAAGCACUCGAGUCCAGGGCAAAUACUAGCCUACUGUUGACUCAGUAUUACUUAUCGGUGUUUAAUUUAGAUUAAUGUGGUUCGAGGUGAUGUGGAUAUGGGCCGGUAAUGGGCUUGCCAUCGCCAUCUGCGGCAAAUAGAGAUAGCCGAAACGGCGGAAAAAUGCCAUGGUUGUGAUAAGGAUGCUAAAUAAUCUUCAUUAGGAUUAAUGUUGUUUGCCAAGGUACUCGACGAAAAAGGAAGUGCUUUAAGACGUGGAAAGUACCCAUGGCCUGUUUUCGUCUUACGGGUCUAGUGGUCGAAAAUUACCAUGACCAUUCGCAAACAUCGCUAAAUGUGGUACCGAUAUGAACAUAGUUUCGUCUAAUGCUAAAAAAUAGUUUUUGUAGAUCAAAAAAUCAAGGUCACAUGAAUUUAUCCGGUGGUCAGCAAAUCUUUUUAUAUACGAUUUCAUGUUUCCUCUGAAAAUAUUAAUUUUUUGUCCACCACGUCAGAAUUUUGGGAAAUUUUCAAAAUUAGUGUUUUCUAAAACGCACUCUUUCCUAAGGAUCUGAUGAUAAAGAAGAAUUUAGUCGACUUUGGACUAAUCUGUACAAAUAUUUUCAAUAUUUUUAAAAUUUUCGACUACGUACUGCUACUUUCAGACUUCAGAGGCAAACUUUUGCAGGAAUUAAUUAUUUUUUUAUUAUAGCGAGAGUAAUUUCCACUAAGGAAAACUACAGUUUCAUUGUAUAUUUUCUUUUUCAAUAAGCUAUGAGCGUUAAAAUUAUAAAUGCAAUAUAUUAAACCACUAAGAAAAAUUCCUCUCACAACCUCAUUACAUUUUUUGUGGGAUUAAAUAGAGAAAUUUUGGUUAAUGCCAAGUAGUUUCAGUGAUAUCUGUCUAAUAAAAUCACUGCCAAAUAGACAGAAAACGGGAGACCUACCCAACUGUAUUUUUUAUGUAAAACCUUCUCGGGGGCCCCCAAUGUAUUGUUUUUAAGAAUAUGAAACCUUCUCGGGGAUUCCAAUUGUCUUUUUUAAAAAUGUAAAACCUUCUCGGGGGCCCCAAAUGUAUUUUUUUUCAAGAAUGUGAAACUUUCUCGGGGAUUCCAAAUGUAUUUUUUUCUAAGAAAGUGAAACCUUCUAGGGGAUUCCAACUGUUUUUUUUUUUUAAUGUAAAACCUCGAUGGCCCCAAAUGUCUUUUUUAAAAAUGUAAAACCUUCUCGUGGGCCCCAAAUGUCUUUUUUUAAGAAUGUGAACCCUUUUUGGGGGUCCCAACUGUCUUUGGAAAAUUAAAACUUUCUGAGAGGCGCCAAAUGUCUUUUGUUUAUGUGAAACCUUCUCGAGGGUCCUAUCUUUUUUUAAAAAUGUGAAAUUGGGAAACCGAUUUUUUUUAAAUUUCAAAUUGUUCAAUGUUUAGCUUUCCAGUUUCUCAAUUUUUCAAUUUCC